AGAAAGAAGAGAGAGACUGGGGAGAGGGAGGAAGCUUAGAGAGAGGGUGGACUGAGAGAGAAUGAUCGCAGGGGAUGUUAGAGAGGGACAGGGCAGGUUAGAGAGAGAGAAGUGAGAGAAUGAGGAGAGAGAUAAAGAUGAUAAGAAGGGCAGUUUAUAGAGAGAGGAGAGAGAGUGAAUGACAGAGUUCUGGAGAGAGAAAGAAAGGAAGAGAGGUGACAGCCUUUUAGAGGGAGAGUGAGAGAGGGGGCGAUAAAAGAGAGAAGGACUGUUUAGAGAGAGGAGAGAGAAGGAAGAGCUGAGAGAGAGGGGGGGGAAGGGGGUGUGGUGGGGGAGAUUGGAGGGGAGGCAUAGAGAGGAACAAAAGCGCUGGAGUGGGAGGAAGAUGGCUUUAGAGAGAGAAAGAAAGAGUGGAGAGAGAAAAACAUAGUAACAAGAAAGAGAAGGUCGCAGUGUCUGCUGCUUCAGCCAAAGGGAGGGAGAGGGGAAGUGGGGAUUUUUAGGGUUUCGUCUCCUUUUUUAGAAGCUUCCGGACCUCGCGUCGUCCGGUUCUGCUUUAGCUCGGGAAUCGUGGUCGUCGUCUUCGUCUCUCAAUCUGGUAAGGUUUCCUAUUUCCUGCUGAAUUAACGAGGGUCAGGUUCUGUCCCUCUUCUCUUCUUGUGCUCGGCGAAAGCGUAGAAUUUGCUGACCGGUCGAAGCGCGGGAACUCUGCUUGAUCGGUAGAUCAUUCUCAGUUUUCUCCUUCUCGCUUGGCGUUGAAUUUGGUCGUCAUUCACGGCGUUGUUGCGACCCCGCCUUCCCGACUUUUCUGCGUAUUGUGGGUGCGGAAGUGGAGGAGUUGGGAUUGUAGGUCUUCUCAAGGUUCUGGCUAGGAGACGUUCUUGGUCGACUCGGACAUUUGUCACUCUUUGGUGUUGCUGGUGGCUGUUGGGGUUGAAAUUCGAGAGUUUCUGGCGUCUGGUGCCCGCUGAGUUGUGGUCUUGGGAUACAAUGGCUGGGAUUUUGAAAUUUUGGUGUGGUUUUGGUUGAUGGGGAUGAGAACUGGGUAAUGGUGAUGCAUGCCCAUUUGGUGGCUCGAAUCCUCCUUGUGAUAGCAGCUCUGUUUUUAAGUUAAAUGGGCUUCGUGAUGGAUCUGCUCAACGAAUCCUUAUGUCUAUGCAUUUUGAGUUUUCUCUAUGUUCAGAGGCAGGUGAUUAUGUAACAAUUUGGUUUAUGUUGAGCAUUCUGGUAGAUUGUUUCCGUUUGAGGAUUCUAAUUGUUAAUGCCAAUUUGAAAUUGAGUGAUGCAUUGUGGAUUGCAAAAAAUUUGCUGUAGUACUGGCAUUCUCAUUGGCUUGGUUCAGUUUUAUGGUCUGAGUUUUGCUCCUUUUGCUUUUCUACCUUUAUCCACUAUCCGCAUCGACAUUCAGGAGAAUAGAUAGGGUUUGAGAUGACUGAAUUUCUGAAUUGCCUGUUGGGUAUUUACCUGUGCAACCAGCUAUAUUGCUGAAGCUGGGCAAUUUCAUCAGUUCCUUUUGUGAUCAGAACAUCGGUAUCAUCAAUGGUACCUUCAGGGCCUCCGACUCCAGUCGGUGGCGCCCAGACAGUUGCCCCUUCGGCUCUCUUAAGAACAAAUUCUAGUCUUUUAGGAGGCCAGGGUGGAUCAAUUCCUGCACAACCUGCCUUCUCUCCUCUUGUUUCUCCACGCACUCAGUAUGGAAACAUGGGGGUGUUGGGAAACUUGUCCAAUGUUUCUUCACUUCUUGGUGGUGGGGGGAAUGCGGGCAUUGGUGUCAACCCAUCUUUUGUUGGGGCCAAUGGGCCAGUAUCUUCUGGUCCAAAUCCGGGUCUUUCUGGAUCUGGAAACAUGCAGAGGGGAGGUAUUGGUAUGAAUGCUGAAUCUGAUGCGCUCACAGGCAUUGGCAGUGGGUUGGCCUUUAAUGCUUCACCGUUGCCAUUCACAUCAACAAAUGCUUCUGCUGCUAUCUCAUCUGGUAUAAGUGGAUCUAUGACGGCUUCUGGGGGUCCCCAUUUCCCAAAUCAGUUGUCUCAAGAUCUUCCACACCCUCAACAACUUGAGGUGCAGAACUUCCAGCAUGGGCAGCAAGGGCAGGACUCAUCUAAUAGUCUCCAAAUUCAGUCCCAGCAUAUGCUUGGGGCACGAAGCUUGCAGCAGUUCUCUGCUCAGAACAACAUGGGCUUGGCAGCAAGCCAACAACAGCAGUUGCAGUCUCUUAGGGCACUUAGUGGUGAUCCAAAUGGACCCCAGUCAUUGGCACCCUUGCGUGGUCUGAUGCCUGUGAAAAUGGAGCCUCAAGUGGCCAAUGAACAAUCAGCACAACAACAGAUGCAGGCUUUACGGGGUCUUGUUCCUGUGAAGUUGGAGCAACAGCAGCAGCAGCAACAGCAUCAGCAUCAGCAGCAACAACAGCAGCAGAUAACUUCUUUGAGAAACAUUCCAGGCAUUAAAAGUGAGCCUCAGCAUUCAGAUCAAUCAUUACUUUUGCAACAGCAGCAACAACAGCAGCAGCUUUUGCAAAUGUCUCGACAAAGUCCCCAGCAAAUGCAAUUGCAGGCAGCACAAAUGAAUCUCCUGCAGCAGCAGCAGCGGCUCUUGCAACAACAACAGCAACAACAGAUGUUCAAGACAUUACCUGUGCAACGUUCAGCACUGCAACAACAACCUAUACAGCAGUUUCAACAACAUAACAUGCCACUAAGAUCUGCAAUAAAACCUAUGUAUGAGCCUGGGACGUGUGCUAGGAGGUUGACACAGUAUAUGUAUCACCAGCAACAUAGGCCUGCUGAUAAUAGCAUUGAUUUUUGGCGAAAAUUUGUCUCCGAGUAUUUUGCUCCACAUGCCAAGAAGCGGUGGUGCGUUUCUUUGUAUGGCAAUGGGAGGCAAACAACUGGUGUUUUCCCACAGGAUGUCUGGCAUUGUGAAAUAUGCAAUAUAAAGCCUGGUCGUGGUUUUGAAACAACUGUAGAGGUUUUGCCGAGGCUCUGCAAAAUCAAAUAUGACAGUGGAACUUUGGAAGAACUUCUAUACGUGGAUAUGCCUCGGGAAUAUCAUACAGCUUCUGGUCAUAUUGUCUUGGAUUAUGGAAAGGCAAUCCAAGAAAGUGUAUUUGAGCAGCUACGUGUAGUUCGUGAUGGACAACUUAGGGUUGUUUUCUCUAUGGAUCUAAAGAUAUGCUCUUGGGAGUUUUGCGCCAGACGCCAUGAGGAGCUUAUCCCUCGAAGACUGAUACUAUCUCAGGUUAGCCAGCUAGGUACAGUAGCUCAGAAAUACCAAGCUGCCAGUCAAAAUGGGUCAUCCACUUUUACAGCACAGGAGUUGCAGAACACUUGUAAUAUAUUCGUUAAAAUUGCCCGUGAUUUAGCCAAAGCUAUGGAGGUUCCAUUGGUAAAUGAUUUGGGAUACACAAAGCGAUAUGUUCGCUGCCUUCAGAUAUCUGAGGUGGUUAACAGUAUGAAGGAUUUGAUUGAUUAUAGUCGGGAGACUAAAACAGGUCCCAUGGCUAGUUUGAUUAAUUUUCCAAGAAGGACAAUAGCAUUGGGUGGAACAAAUCAAUGUCAGCAGCAGCAGCAACAACAACAGCAACAGCAGCAGCAGCAGCAGCAGCAACAACAACAACAGCAACAGCAGCAGCAAGAAGAACAGACAAGGUCACAGAAUGAAGGUUCAGUGCAAGCCUCUUCUGUCCAGCAGCUUACACAAGGUAAUGGUGUAGUUGGUCUAACCAACCUGCUGAAUGCCUCUCCUACCUCCUCCUCUGCGUCCACAAGCACCAUAGCAGGUCUUAUCCAUCAGAAUGCCAUUAACACAAGACAAGACAAUCCAUUGAACAAUGGCACGAGCCCUUUUGGAAACUCGGUUCAAAUUUCAUCGGCUGGUUCUUCAAAUUCACUACAACAGUCACAUCCCAAUCCAUCUUCUCCCUUCCCCAAUACUGUUCCCUCAGCACCUAACCCACUUCCUCAGUCUUCUAUUCCACCAACUGCACAUUCAACUGCACAUUCGAGUUCUGCAAAUUCACCUGCAAAUAUUCCUCCACCUCAGCCUUCACAUUCAGGUGAAGUUGAUCCCGAUGAUUCUCAAAGCUCUGUGCAGCAAAUAAUACAAGAAAUAAUGAUGUCCUCUCAGCUGAACGCUGGGGGUAACAUGGUUGGGAUUGGCCCUAUGGGAAAUGAGAUGAAGAGUUUGAAUACAAUGAAUAUGCAGACAGGAAAUACAUCCCUAAAAGGAGCAAACUGUCUGGUCGGUAAUGGAAUCUCCAGCGGUAUAGGCAUCAACAGUGUUGGUUUUGGCAGCAUGGGAGGAAUCAACCCAAUGGCAGCAGUAACAAUGGCUGGUAUAAGGACACCUGUGCCUGGAAACUCUGUGCCAACUUUAAAUGGAAGAAUUAGCAUGCAGUCAAUGCCCCACCAGGAUCCAAGUAUGAACCAUCAGCAGGAUAUGAGCAACAGAUUUUUAAGCGGGCUUGGAUCAGUGAACAACUUCAAUAAUCUUCAAUUUGACUGGAAACCGUCUCCGUAAGGGUAUAUCUAUAUGUCCAAGUCCAAAUAUAUAUAUUUGUGCACGAUAUAUAUAUAUAUAUAUAUAGAUAUAUGUCUGAUUUAGGCUGGGGAAUCACUCUUGGCUGCAGGAAGAUCGAUCAUCUGUCUGGAACAGGAUACCUAGUCUCCUCUCUGUCCUUGGUUUUCUGUGUCUUGUAAUUUUAUAGUGAUUUUAGAAAGAGAAUUUGUUGUAUCAAGUUUCAUUUUGAACCGCUUGCUGUUUCUUCCUGUCCUUUUUUUCAUUGGGACAAUAGUGUAAUACGGGCCAUGGCCGCUUGAAAAGUAUGAUGCGGCAGCAUAGCUCUUCCCCCACUCACAUACACCCUCAACCUCAAGCAAGCAGCAGAUACAGAGCUGAGAGGCAUAAUCUGGCAGCUACCUGGCUCGGUUUUCCUUUUUUUAUGUAAUGUUCAUUGACAGUGUAGAGCUGGUUGCUUUUGAAAAGGAAUGUUGAGUCUC